UUGGAAAAUUUGCAGCCUGAGAUUAAACAACUAGCUGAGCGUCUUCGCUAUGAAGUUUCUGUUCGUGGAAAGCAGCUGGGUUGGUCUGAAAAGGUGGCCAGGUUCCACUUUAAGAAAAACCUGCGGAGGAUUAUUACGGAACUGUACAUUCGAGACAACUGCCAUCCCUUCAAAGCCACUUUACUGGUGUGGGUACAGAUUCCAAUGUGGGUUUGCGUGUCCCUCGCUUUGCGCAACUGCAGCGUUGGUGCCACGGACUUGGAAGUUCAAGAACAGUUUUCAGCAGGCGGAGCGUUGUGGUUUACAGACCUCACGGCACCAGAUUCUACGUGGAUUUUGCCAGUUUCGCUUGGGCUCAUGAAUUUGCUGAUAGUUGAGAUCUUUGCUUCGCAAAAAAUGGAAGUUUCCAGGUUGCAGAAGCUUGCUACAAAUUUCUUUCGAGUGGUGUCAGUAGUGAUGAUACCUGUUGCUGCGUCAGUUCCCUCUUCCAUGGCGUUGUACUGGCUGUCCUCGAGCUUCAUGGGACUCUCGCACAACCUGUUGCUGCGUUCUCCGACCUUUCGUCGACUGUGUUGCUUACCGAGGACCAAAUCUGACUCGGAUACUCCUUACAGGGAUAUUGUGUCUGCCUUGACUACCAAAUACAGUUUUAAGAAAUGACGUCAUUUUUUUGAAGAGCUGUCCCACAAAUGUUGCGUGGGUGAUUAAGUAGUGCUGUUUUAUUGAGAUGUACUUACUUACUGUAAAAUGUUGCAGCGGGAAUUAUAUUUAUUUUCCAAAUAAAGGAUUGACUGUCU